UAAUUUAUUAUUUUCUUUCACUUUUAACCCCCCAAACUUUAAAUAUUCCCAUUCAUUCCACCAUCCCACUUUCCCUCCUUUUUCUCAAUAUACAAACAUAUAUUGCAAUCUCUCUAGGAACAAAACUUUUCUUCCUAAAGCUCACACUCUCACUCUCCUUUGCACAAAAGCAAAAUUCUCAUCAUUUUCACCACUCUCUCUCUCUCUCCCCUUACUUUCUCUUUCCUUCCAUCUUUUUACACACACAACACACACAAACAAAUCCUUCCUUGAGUUCAUCUUCUCUCUUCUCCUGCAAUGGAGAUAAAGAUGGCACUUCUCCAUAUUACUCUAAUAUUACUAUCAACAACCUCUCUCGAUCACGUUUUCUCCAUCGAACAGGGAAAAAAUUCCAUAAAAACCGACGCGUACGCCCUUCUAUCAUUCAAGAAAAUGAUCCAAAACGAUCCAAACGGAGCCUUAUCCGACUGGCGGCCGGACAAAGAUCCAUGCACGUGGCACGGCAUCACCUGCACCACCACCACCGCCACCAACAUUAGAAGAGUAUCAUCCGUCGAUCUUGCCCAAUCAAAUCUCGUCUCCCAUUCAAUCUCUUUCGCACCCUUUUCUUCAAUGGACAUGCUAAACUCCCUAAAUCUCUCCGCAAAUUCGUUCACUAUAAACGCCACCACUUCUUUACUCCAAAUCCCUUAUAGCAUACAGCAACUCGAGCUCUCUUUCUCGGGUCUUUUAGGUCAAAUUCCGGAGAAUUUAUUCUCCAAUUGCCCAAAUCUCGAAUACGUCAAUCUUGCGUUCAACAACAUAACCGGUUUUUUACUGGAGAAUCUUUUUCUCAACAUCGAUAAGUUGAAGUAUCUCGAUCUCUCUUACAACAAUAUAACCGGUUCGAUAUCGGAUUUAAGAAUCGAAAAGUGCAGUUCUUUGUCGCGACUCGAUUGGUCGGGGAAUCAAAUCACUGGAUCUUUACCACCGUCUUUCUCAAACUGCACGAGCCUCAACGAAUUAAUUAUGCCGGAGAAUUCUCUCUCCGGCGAAAUUCCGGUGGCUUUCGGUGAACUUAAAAGCUUGCAAAGAUUGGAUCUUUCUCAAAACCAUCUCACCGGUUGGAUCCCCUCCGAAUUGGGCAAUGUGUGUGGCUCACUUGUGGAACUCAAAUUAUCGAAAAACAACAUUACGGGCACGAUUCCCGUUUCGUUUUCUUCGUGUUCUUGGCUCCAAAUUCUUGAUUUGUCGAGCAAUAAUUUAACGGGCCCUUUUCCUGAUUCGAUUCUCUCGAGCUUAUCGUCUUUGGAGAAGCUUCUACUAAGCAGCAAUCGGAUUUCGGGUGGGCUUCCGUCUUCGAUUUCGUUCUGCAAGAAAUUGAAGGUAGUCGAUUUUAGUUCUAAUAUGCUUUCGGGGAAUAUUCCACCGGAUAUAUGUCCCGGGGCGGUGUUGCUCGAAGAGCUGAGAGCACCGGAUAACGCUCUUUCCGGACAAAUCCCGCCUCAGUUAUCUCUCUGUUCGGAGAUGAGGAUUAUCGAUUUCAGCAUUAAUUAUCUCAACGGUUCGAUUCCGGUUGAGCUUGGGAAUCUUGGGAAUCUUGAACAGCUAAUAGCGUGGUACAAUGGGCUGGAAGGGAAUAUUCCGGCGGAGUUGGGGAAGUGCAAGAAACUGAAAAAUCUGAUACUGAACAACAACCAUUUGAGCGGUGGAAUCCCGACGGAGCUUUUCAAUUGUGGGAACAUAGAGUGGAUUUCGCUCACCAGCAACCGGAUCGGCGGCGAGAUUCCGGCGGAAUUCGGGUUGCUGACGAGGUUGGCGGUUCUGCAACUAGGGAACAAUACCUUGAGCGGGGAGAUUCCGAAGGAGUUGGCCGGCUGCACCAGCUUGGUUUGGCUGGACAUAAACAGCAACCAACUCAGCGGCGAGAUCCCGCCGCGGCUGGGGCGGCAGAUCGGAGCGAAGGCGCUGACCGGAAUCCUCUCCGGCAACACGCUGGUGUUCGUCCGGAACGUAGGGAACUCGUGCAGGGGCGUCGGCGGGUUGCUCGAGUUCGCCGGAAUUCGGCCGGAGAGGCUGCUACAGGUGCCGUCGCUGCGGAGCUGCGACUUCACCCGGAUGUACUCCGGCCCGGUUCUCAGCCUCUUCACCCGGUACCAAACCCUAGAGUACCUCGACCUCUCCUACAAUCAGCUCCGCGGCAAAAUCCCCGACGGUUUCGGCGAGAUGAUUGCCCUGCAAGUACUUGUCCUCUCCCACAACCAGCUCUCCGGCGAGAUUCCGGCGGCUUUAGGACAGCUUAAAAACCUCGGCGUUUUCGACGCAUCCCACAACAGACUACAGGCGCACAUCCCGGAUUCUUUCUCCAUGCUGUCGUUCCUUGUUCAGAUCGAUCUCUCGUACAACGAACUCACCGGCGAGAUUCCGUCGAGAGGACAGCUCAGCACGCUCCCGGCGACUCAGUUCGCCAAUAACCCGGGUCUAUGUGGUGUUCCGUUGGCGGAGUGCCAGUACAACGACAACCAACAAAGCUCGUCUGGCGAUAAACAAGUCCAGAAAGCUGCCUCCGCAGCUUCGUGGGCUAAUAGUAUAGUAAUGGGCAUACUCAUCUCCGUAGCUUCGGUCUGCAUUCUAAUCGUGUGGGCCAUAGCAAUGCGCGCACGAAGACGAGAAGCCGAGGGGGCCAAAAUGCUCAGCAGCUUAAAAGCGUCACAAGCCGCCACGACAUGGAAAAUUGAGAAGGAGAAGGAGCCACUGAGCAUCAACGUAGCCACUUUCCAACGGCAACUAAGGAAGUUGAAGUUCUCUCAAUUGAUCGAGGCGACAAACGGCUUCUCCGCCGCCAGCAUGAUCGGCUCGGGUGGGUUCGGCGAGGUCUUCAAGGCCACACUGAGGGACGGAUCCUCCGUGGCGAUCAAGAAACUCAUUCGUCUGAGCUGUCAGGGCGACCGCGAGUUCAUGGCCGAGAUGGAGACACUUGGCAAGAUCAAGCACAAGAACCUCGUCCCUUUAUUAGGGUACUGCAAAAUCGGCGAGGAGAGGCUUCUGGUUUACGAGUUCAUGGAAUACGGGAGCUUAGAAGAAAUGCUUCACGGUAGACAAAGGGGUAAAGACAGACGAAUCUUGAGUUGGGAGGAGAGGAAGAAGAUAGCUAGGGGUGCGGCCAAAGGGCUAUGCUUCCUCCACCACAAUUGCAUCCCUCACAUUAUCCAUCGAGACAUGAAAUCGAGCAAUGUAUUGCUCGAUAACGAAAUGGAGGCAAGGGUGUCGGAUUUCGGAAUGGCGAGGCUUAUCAGCGCGCUCGACACUCAUCUGAGUGUCAGCACGUUGGCUGGCACUCCGGGGUAUGUACCCCCGGAGUAUUACCAGAGCUUUAGAUGUACGGCGAAAGGGGAUGUUUAUUCGUUCGGAGUGAUACUAUUGGAGCUUGUGACGGGGAAGAGGCCGACGGAUAAGGAGGAUUUCGGGGACACGAAUUUGGUGGGGUGGGUGAAGGGUAAGGUGAGGGAAGGGAGGGGUAUGGAGGUAAUUGAUGUGGAGUUGGUUGAGGUGAGGAAGGGUGUUGGUAGUGAUGUGGAUGAGGUGGAGGAGGUGAAGGAGAUGGUGAGGUACUUGGAGAUUACGUUGCAGUGUGUCGACGAUUUCCCGUCGAAACGGCCUAGUAUGUUGCAGGUGGUGGCGAUGUUGAGGGAGCUUGGUGGUGGCGGCGGCGGCGGUGGUGGUGGUGGUGGUGGAGGAGGAGGUAGUAGUGGUUGAAAAAAAAUGUUGCAUCCUCUGUUGCAUUGUAUUGAUUAGUGGAAUGUGUACACUUUUAUGAAAUGGAAUGUGAUGGUGGUGUUGUCUGUGUUUAUUAUUAUUGAUAUUAUUUUAUUUUAUUUUAUUUUUGUUGAUUUUUGGAUGGUUAAAUGGUAAGGUGUAAUAUUUGAUGCACUGU